AGCCGAACGGAAGAGAAAACGCAAUUUUGCACGCUGCUACCCUCGUUUCAUGCUCGACUACCCCGGCGCCCAUCCAGCUAAGUGCUUUGUCUGGCUCGAAACUGUACGUUGAUAUUUCUUUGAUUUUGAUCGCUACGGGGUGUUUUUUUUGCUUCCCUUCCCGGGCUUCUGGGCCGUGAGAUGGACAGUCCCAAGAUCGGCUCCAGCGCCAGUUCGCAACGUCGCAGGCUUACCAAGAAGCCUCCGUCAGCAGCAGCGCACGACUUCUUCAGUGCCGGUUUCGACGGUCGUGUUGACGCCCGAUCUCUAGGAAGCAAACGAAGCUCGACCAGCUUGAGGCGGGCUCCCAGUGCCCCUUUUGGCCCUAGGACUCCCGCUUCGAACGCGUCCGAUUGCUCGCCACGAUUCCCCGCUGCACCCUCACCCGCUGUAUCGCUCGCGACAAACCGGUCGCACACCUCCCCCAUCCUUCCCGGCGGCGAGUCUGCGGCGCUGCUUUCCACGCCGCAAUCGCAUUCCACGUCUCUGCAGACCCGAGUUGACGCGCAGCAAUCACGACCCGUCCCGGCGAACAUCCUGCAACCCCUCAGCACCAAGACUUCGGACGAACUGAUUGGCGCUCCCUUUGACGGCACAGCGAUUCUCGAUCGCAUUGCCGCCACGAAAUACCCCGUGCAAGCCAGUAACGUCGACAACAAUAACAACAACGGCAGUGGCCUCGACAAUACCAACUACUACCACAACCAAGCGGAGCGCCCUCCUUCUAAACUACUGACACUACGCGCGGACCCCGGGACGCGAACCAUGGGACACUCUCCCCCGCCCCUCCGCCAGUCGGCGACCUUCCCGGCCGGCGAUCUCCCUACUUUGAACGAGAAAGCUGGCGCAUCCAAAGUGGACGGCACAGCCCUGAUCAAGCGCUACUCAGACGAGUCCAAGGAGAGCAAGCUCCCGAGCGUGCUCAGAAAGAAAUCGGGCUUCUCCGGCUUUAUGAACAGUUUGGUGGGGUCACCGAAGAAGCCGCUGAUCUCUGCACCAGAGAACCCAGUCCACGUUACACAUGUCGGUUAUGACAGCUCGACGGGCCAGUUUACGGGGCUGCCGAAAGAAUGGCAGCGCCUGAUCAACGAGAGCGGCAUCACCGAGAAGGACACACGUGAACAUCCCCAGAUUCUUGUCGACGUCCUGACUUUCUACAAAGAGACCCAAGAAAAGCCGCAAGAGGACCAGCAAUUGGAGAAGUUCCACGAUGCGCGAGCAGCAGAUUACCGUGGCCUCGCCACUACCCCGUCAUCCGCGACGCCAAUUCCUUCUCCCGGCCUACUGCAAACCGGCUAUGGUGCCAUGUCACCACUGAUCAGCCCGCCUGCAAGCCCGAGGUUUCCCAAUGUUACUCAUGAGGGCAGCUUUGAGAAUCCCCGAGCUCCGCCUCCGGUUCCCAAGGGACCGGUGUCCAACCUCAUGCCUAGCCGGCCGGCGCCGAAGGCUCCAACAAGCUUAGCGUCAAGAGCCUACCCGGCAAAGGACUCGGGGAUCGGUAUGCAACCACACGGGGACGAUGUUUCACCUUCGUACCUACCUCCAAAAGACAACGUUCCGAUGUUGCCGGAAGAGCAUAGGUCGAGGUCGAGAUCCAAUUCACGAGCCAAUGGCACUUCGCCCUAUCUACCCUCCCAACCGUCCCCGUCCAUCACCUCCCCGUCUAGCCAAGCAGCAGUUUACCAGCAGCAGUUGUUGCAACACCAGCAGGAACAGGCAAUGGCCCAGGCGCAAGCGGCUAUGACUGGCCAACUAGGGCGACAAGCGAGCAAGCGGCAACAACCCACUCCGCCAACGUCGCAGCACCAGUACCCACAGCAAGGUGACCCGAACGGAGCCAAUCGGAUGCUGCAGGCUCAGCAAGCUAGGCUUGCGCAACCGGGCUCGAGGCCGCGACACAGACCACGACAGAGCAAUGCCGUUGACGUGGUCACCGCCCUGAAGAGAAUAUGCUCCGAGGGUGAUCCGAGGGAGGUCUACCGCGGGUUCACGAAGAUCGGCCAGGGCGCUUCCGGUGGUGUGUACACGGGUCAUGAGAGGGGCACCAAUCGGUUGGUGGCCAUCAAGCAGAUGAACUUGGAGCAGCAACCUAAGAAGGAUCUGAUCAUCAACGAGAUUCUGGUCAUGAAGGAGAGUUCGCACCCCAACAUUGUCAACUUCAUCGACAGCUACCUGUGUGGUGGCGAAUUGUGGGUUGUCAUGGAGUUUAUGGAGGGUGGCAGCUUGACCGACGUCGUGACCUUCAACAUCAUGACCGAGGGGCAGAUUGCCUCCGUGUGCAGGGAGACCCUUCUUGGCCUGCAGCACCUGCACUCAAAGGGGGUUAUCCACCGCGAUAUCAAAUCGGACAAUAUUCUGCUGAGCAUGGAGGGCAACAUCAAGCUGACCGACUUUGGCUUUUGUGCGACCAUCAAUGAGGCGCAGAACAAGCGUACAACCAUGGUCGGCACGCCGUAUUGGAUGGCGCCGGAGGUGGUUACGCGAAAGGAGUACGGCCGCAAGGUGGACAUCUGGUCACUGGGCAUUAUGGCAAUUGAGAUGAUCGAGGGCGAGCCGCCGUAUCUGACCGAGUCACCGCUGCGUGCGCUGUGGCUGAUCGCCACGAACGGGACUCCGAAGAUCAAGAACGAGACGGAGCUAUCGCCUGUCUUCCGCGACUUCCUAUAUUUCGCGCUCAAAGUUGACCCCGAGAAGCGGGCAAGCGCUCACGACCUCUUGCGGCACGACUUCAUGAAAGAGUGCGUCGACUUAUCCCAGCUCGCACCCCUGGUUCGAUUAGCACGUGAAGCCAAAGCGCAAGAGAAGGCCCGCAAGGGGCAAUAG